UCUUGGAGGUGUAUCAAUUUCCGACAAACCCACCGUGAUUAUGUUUGUCCCUUUCCUCUCAAGAUAUGACAUGUACUCAUACACUCCCUAUUAGAUCCAUCAUCAAUCUUCAAUAAAUCUCCAUUUCUUUCUCCCCCUUAAAUAAUAAAUACGCCAUUUCUUCCUCUCUAAAACUCUUACGAAACAAUGGCUUUAAAAAUACAACUUUUUCUUGCACUCUUCUUCUUCCUACUACAAUUAUUACUACUUCUUGCUCAAACUUCUGAGGCUAUCAAACACAAUAAAUCCCCAAUUGAAAUCCAACCUUACAUUAUUGAUUAUCGAAACGGUACCGUUUUACGAUACUAUAACGGCCCGCGUUCCUUUGUCCCUCCUCCAAUUGACUCUCAAGUGCAAUCCAAAGAUAUCACCAUCCCUUCUUCUUUAAAUCAUAAUCUCCGUGCCCGGGUUUUCCUUCCGGCCCGACCUGACCCAGCCCGGAAGAUUCCUGUUCUUAUUUACUUCCAUGGGGGAGCAUUCUGCAUCGGUUCUCCCUUCGGUUGGGGUGAUAAUCAUUUUGUGGCUAGGGUCGCCGCCGAGGCGCGGGUUAUUGCGGUUGCCAUUGACUAUCGCCUCUACCCGGAGUUCGCGGUUCCUGCCCCUUUAGACGACGCAUGGGCUGCCCUCGAGUGGGUGGCAGCUCAUGCGUCUCGUACCGGGCCUGGACAUGAACCGUGGGUGGCCCAGUAUGGGGAUCUCCAAAGGAUCUUCGCUGGAGGUGAUAGUUCAGGUGGCACCAUAGCUCAUAAUUUGGCUAUUCGGGCCGGGCUUAGCACUGGCCCACGCCUUCAUGGCCUGUUCUUGGCCAUGCCUUACUUCCUAGGGUCAAAGCGGGUUCCUCUCGAGCCCGAAUACAUCCGGUUCUCGCCCAAUUAUAGAGUAUGGCCCUAUGUUUGCAACAAAUGCAAGCGCGGGGUUGAUAACGCGUUCAUCAACCCGUUUGGGCCAGGUGCCCCUAGCCUUAGCCAUCUUGGAUGUAAGAAGUUGUUGGUUUACACAGCCGAGGUGGACGAGCUUCGGGGCCGAGCGAUAUGGUACUACAAAAAAGUAAAGGCGAGCCGGUGGGCGGGUGAGGCCCGAUGGAUCGAGGCCAAGGGACAAUCCCAUAUAUUCCAUAUAUCGAAACCAGAUGAUCCAGCAACAACUAAAUUGAUUCAAGAUUUGUCAGCCUUUAUCAAUACUAAUAACUAAUUAAUGUUUUUGUCCUUGUAAUCAAGUUAUGAGUUAAUCAAAAAUAAUUUAUUGUGAUAA